UAAUACAUUUAAUCAACCACUGAUACAUUUGAUGGGUUUAACUUUAUAGAAGAACAAUGAUUAAAUCUAAAGGGUAUACGUUUGCUGACAUUGUAUCAGACGAACUAGCAAGCAUACAACCACCCACAUAUGCAAAUACGCGGUCCUUCGUCAAACCAUGGUCAAAUCGACAACAAGGAGACUCAUUUUCAAGUAUCGUUGAUGGAGGUUAUAGUGACUCAGAUACAUCUGGUGAAAAUGACACUGUUAAAUCGUGGCAACCUUGUAAUUUCAAGAAAUUAAAUAAUAAAUUUAGUCGUCUACCCUUACACUCAAUGCAUGAAGGUAAUCAAAACACCCGACGAAAACCUGUUGUGUCAACGGGAGUGCAACAAAUUAAAAAAAGUCUACUGGGUGUACGUGAUACCUUGGAUGACCAACAUAGGUUGAAUUUUAGGAAAACUUCGAAUUGGAAUUCCAAACAAAACAGUCUUUUAGGAAAGGAAGUUUCUGAAAGUUUAAGACAAAAUGUCGAGAAUGCAUGCUGUCGGUCACGUUCAGUCGAAAAUCAUGGUUUCUCACAAAACCUUCAUCUUAAUUAUCAAAAAUUAUUAGAUGAAAAUGUGUUUUUAAACGGAGAAAUUGAAAAACUUACACGUGAAAUAGAAAGUUUACAAGCGAAAACAGAGGAACAUAAGUCAGAAUUGCUAGCGACAAUGACGGAAAAGCACGAACGAAGAAUACAACUAAUCAAAGAAGAAUUCGAUUUUCGUUUAGAAGAACAAAAAGAGCGUUUUAAAAAUGUUGAAGAACAAGCUAUUAAAGAAGCAGAAGUUUAUAAGGAAAAAGUAACAAAUUUAGAGAAACAGCUACAGUCACUUUAUAAAAAGAAUCAAGAGAUUAAAGAAGGUACUAUCAAUGUUGACGAGUCCGAAUUUAAAGAGUUACAAAAUGAGAAAAACGUACUACAAGAACAAGCCUCAGCUGCAUUAGCUACCGUAGCACAAUUUUCCGAGAAGCACAACGAUUUAACAAAAACAAUAGAUUCUCUCAGUCAAUUGAUCAAAGAAAAAGACGACAUUAUUAAAUCAACAAAAGUAAAUUUGGAGAUAACCUUAAAAAAAAACAAAAAUUUGAAAACCGAUUUAGAAGCGAAAAAAAAAGAAUAUGAAUCUCUUUCAACGAAGGCAUAUCGCUAUACAGAAGAUUUACGUCAUACAGAACUUGCAUUACACGAAGCAAAAAAAAAUAAUUCUCAAUUACAAUUAAAACUUGAUACCAAAAUAGCUCAAUUUGAAUCGGAAGAAAAACGGUGUACAUCACUUAUGGCCGAAACAAAAUCAUUAAAAAAAAAAAUAAAAACUUUAGCAUGCGAAAAAAAUAUGCUUUCCGUUCAAACAAAUCAGUAUUGUAAUGUGUCUGAAAAUGCUUGGCGGGAAGUACAAUCUGUGAAAAAAGAAUCUGAACUUUUAAGACAACGUCUUGAGCAACAAGAUGAAAUAAUUAGUCAAUUGAAGCAUAUGACUGUGCGUUCCUCUCGGCCUUCAUUCUUUUCAAAUCCUUCCCACAUUAUGAAUUCUCACUCUUCUGUUUGUGAAUUCCCUCAAUACCAUUCUAAUUUACCUCAUUGUUUCGAAAACACCAUUUCAAAAAACAAAGAGGCGAAUGAAAUCGUUUCACUUCAUGAAAAACCUUCAUCUGAAAGCGAACCUGUUCAUUGUAAUAUGAAACAACAUUUUAAAAUAAAUUCAAAAUCAGAUACGCAUUCAGACGCAUCCGUUCAAGAAUUCGAUAAGCGAUCCACUAACGAUUCGCCUAGUCCUCCCAUUUCUUUGCCACCUCAUGCCAUUGAAUGGUUGAAAAUGACGCAUAAAAAAAAAGAACAACAGGCUAGCCAAAUACCUCAUCAUUCUUCGAGUAAACUUUUUCAACCAUCCAAUCCUAGUGAAAACCCAAAUAGUCUUUCAGGAACUUUUAAACAAGUUAUGAAUUUAUCUAAAAACAAUCGUCGAGCGACUGUUACACUCUUAGAAAGAGGUUGCACCAAGUUUCCUGAAUUACAGAAAACUAUUGAGAGAUCACCAAGCUUAGACUCAGUCUCACCCUCUUACGAAUGGUCUCAAUCAAACAAAAGUAACAAAAUUAUAUCUAACCGGAUUCUGAUGCCAACCCGUUCGAGUACUUCAUCCUAUACAGAAAAAAAUUUAAACGCUGGUUUUUCCAAAAGCCGAUCUAGCAGUGAAAUGAAAAAACCGAGUUCCAUGAGUAGUUCAACUAGUGAAGACCUUACAGAAUGUUAUACGCAACUAAAUGAAUCGGAUAACGAAUUUAGUAAUUUGGACGGUGAAUCUGUAACCAGUUGUCAUACUGGUAGUACUUGUUAUGAUGAAUGCACUGCACCCAAAGUUUUCAAAUCUCAUGAGAAGACAAAUAUCUCAAACGCAGUAUCUAAAGGUUACUAUGAAAAGUGUUUCUGCCCCAAUGCAUCUUUACCUUCCAAAAGUUUGAAACGCAAUCAUAGUUACGACUGUUAUAACACUCAGUAUAAAAACGCAAAAGGCACUCUUUUAACACACGGAGGAAACAAGAAAUCUCAUCCAGUUGUUCGUCUCAUAAAAGUACAGACAUCACAAGGACAAUGCCGUUACGAACUCCAAACUUCAGUCAAUUGAAAAACUGUCAAUUUGUGACAAAUGUUCUUCUGAAUAAAUCAGACAGAUUGAUCCCUAGAGUGAUGUAAAUCUUUUCAAAACAAAACGGAUUCGAUAACGAGAUUAUCAUUUUUCUUUUAUAUACACUCUCAAAAAAACAGUAAAACGUAUUUUUACAAAAGAAACUUAAAAAUUGCGAGUACAAACCGAGUCAUCUUCACUACUUUCAGACGAAGAAUUUUCGUAAUUUAUAGUUUUCGAUUUUAAAAAUAUUUGUUGAGAUAUGAGAUGGAUUGGAUAUCCAGGACACACAGGAAUCACAGAUUUUCCAAUACGUAAAUAAGCGCAUGAAAAAUGCACCGGGAUAGCAUUCAACAUUAAUUUGUCAUUAGAAAGGGUCGUUAGGGAUAAAGUUGGUAAACAUAUUAACCGAAGAAGCGAUAUAUGAGGUUGUGCAGGACUAUAAAAGACAGGUUGUCCGUAGGUUUGUCCCACUUGGUCAACAGUGUCAAUAAGUAACUUUAUCUGAAAAACUUUAUAGAUAGAAGAAAAAAUGGUUUAGUGUUUUAAAACGUUACCUUGCUCUCGGUAGAGGAAUUAAAUUUCAAAACUCCAAAUACUUUGACCUCCUUUUCAACAUGGUUACCCUCUUGAAUACUUUGUUGAAGAAAUAUUAAUGGGGACGUUAUAAGAACAGUGGAUAAUGCUUCUAUAAAAAAAAAAUGUAAAGACGUCGCUAAGGAACGAGCGAAAUUUUCUAGUUGGUGUUCUCUAGAGUACAAGAAAGGAAUAAAGCCGAAGAAACAAAUUAAUCACUGGUUUAAAAAUACCUUAAAU